AUGUUUAACUCUUGCACAUCAUCCGCUGUAAUGAAAUCGAUUCGAACACGAAUAAAAUAUAUUCGUCUAGAAACUAUUGGUUUAAUUAUUUUUAUCAGUCUUUUGUUUAAUAUUUAUUCUGUUAAUUAUAUUUUUCAAUGUGCAUCAUCGACCAGUCACGACAAAUCACUAUUAUCCUUUUCGAAUUCGAAAAAUGCGAAUAAUGACCCAAUCAGCACCAUUGAAAGAUCUAGAAGAGCCCUUGAAACUCUUAAAGCAUUGUUGGAUAGUACAUUAACUUCAAAUGAUCAACCAUGGAUUUGGUUACCAACAGAAGAAUAUCCGUCUGUACCUUAUCAGCCAACACCAUUAUCGAAUCAACAUAUUCCGAAAGCGAUACGCGAUUAUAAAAUACUACCAAACGCCGUAAACAAUGAAAUCAAUCGUGUAUGCGAACGAUUGACUGCUUCUAAUAAAUCGGGUGGAGAAAUUUGGUGUAAAUUAUUUACAAAAUCCUAUGCAGAUACAAUAGGUACAACAACAACUUUACUCGAUGAUGGUACAACUUAUAUGAUAACUGGUGAUAUUGAUCUUAUGUGGUUACGUGAUAGUAGUGCUCAAGUUCAUCAAUAUAUGUCGAUCUCGAAUGACAAGGAAAUUCAACGUAUAAUUGAAGGUCUUAUUCGUCGUCAAAUAGAAUUUAUUUUUUGUAAUCCUUAUGGUAGUUCAUUUCGCUUAACUCUUCGGCCGAAACCGCCAUCGGACGAUUCCCUAGAACCAGUUCAUGUUAAAAAAGGUCGAAAUAUUCAUGUUGCUAUGCAUAAUUAUGAAUUAGAUAGUUUAUGUUAUCAUUUACGUUUAAGUUACACAUGGUGGAAAAAAACUCGGCAAACAAAUGUAUUUAACGAACGAUGGUUAACUGCUGUUCGAAUUAUCAUACAAGUGAUGAUUAUUGAGCAGCAUCAUUCAGAAAUUUCACCUUACCGUUAUACAGAAUUAAAAAAUGAUUAUCAAGGUUCACGUGUUGCAUAUACAGGCAUGACAUGGAGCGCAUUUCGACCGAGUGAUGAUCAAACUGGAUUCGGUUAUCUUAUUCCGAGUAAUAUGAUGGCAAGCGUAGCUUUAAAAGAGUUAGGUCAAAUGAUUAGAAAAUUAUUUCCCAAAGAAAUUGAACUAUUAAAACAGAUUAAUCAGCUACGUGCAGAUAUUCUCUCAGGUAUCCAUACAUAUGGAGUAGUUCAUCAUGAUAAACAUGGUCAAAUUUAUGCAUAUGAAACAGAUGGUUUCUCUCAGACGUUACUCCUUGACGAUGCCAAUGUACCGUCACUUCUUUCAGCAUCGUAUCUUGACUUUAAAACACCUUAUGAUCCACAAGAUCAAUUGAUUGCAUCAACGCGUAAUUUUAUUUUAUCACCAGAUAAUCGAUUAUUUUUUCAAGGUAAACAUGCUCAUGGUAUUGGUAGCCAUCAUACGCCACCAGGAUUUGUUUGGCCGAUGUCAAUUAUAAUGGAAGGAUUAACAAAUGAUUCUGAGAAAAAUCUUGAUAGUGUUUGGCAACGAUUAGAAGCAAGUCAUGCUGAAACAUUUGCCAUGCAUGAAAGCUUCAAUACUAACAAUUCAAAAGAAUUCACUCGUCCAUGGUUUGCUUGGGUGAAUUCGCUUUUUGCUGAAUUAAUUUUAGUUCGCUUGAACGAAUUAGAACAUUGGCUGCAAUAUCGUCGUUAA